AUGAAAUGUGAAGAAAUCUCACCUACUUUGAAAGAUGAUUACAUAUGUAUAGAAAUGAUGUCUAAUAUUUUAUUCAGUACGCAUACACAAGAAAAUAUGACCAAUCCAUUUCAGAUUAUUCAACAGACACCGAAAGAUUCAGUCGACAUUUACAAGAAUAUUUUGCUUAGACAUAGAACAGGUUUAAAGUCAAAACAGAUAUAUGUAGGCUACGAUAAUAAUUUCGGUGUGAUACAACGUAGUUCAAGGAAAAUAAAUAAAUUCAUUAGACCCCGUCCCCACAGAUCGGUGCAAAACCAUUCUGAGAGUUUGAAGCCAACUACUUCCGACACAAUAAACAAGACAGAAUCACAUUUCCUAACGUUCAAAGAAGCUGAAUGUUACUUGCAUAAUCCAGCUAUUCAUCUCUAUGAAAAAUUCAGUCUACAGUUUUCAUUUCGAACAUCACAAGAACACGGUUUAUUGUUAUUUAACUCGAAUAAACAAGGUGUGGAUUUUUUAGCGUUUGAAUUGAUUAGAAGUCAUCUCUAUUUAGCAUUCGAUAUGGGAAGUGGUACACAACGUUACGCAAUGAUGACAUAUGCUGUAAGUGAUUCUAAAUGGCAUCACGUUGAACUUAUAAGGAUGGAUCUUGAAAAUAAUACUCUUCAAUUGUAUAUCGACAGAAAUACAAUUACAGAACAAUCUAUUCAGAUACCAGUGGUUAAUGGUGAUAGUUCAAGAAACUUCAAUUUAAAUGAUCCACUUUUCAUUGGAGGGACUUCACAACAUGUUUUCUUGAAAUGGAGAGAAAAAAUAAGCUCAUAUCACGGAUUUCAGGGAUGCUUGAGCAAUUUCUCCAUAAAUGGAUUGCCCCCUUCCGAUUUGUUGAAAUUGGCUAAGUCAAAAUAUGCUAUGAAUUGGACUAUUCCUAUGUGUUACGACCAGAUUGUUCCUGGAUGUCUUGAUCGACCUAGUACAGCAAUGAGAUGUAAUGACAUAGGACGCCAUCAAAAUGAUAUUACGGCAAAAGAAAGAAAUGCAGAUGAAAUCGUCUACAAGAAGGAAUCCAUACCUUAUUGUUUAAAUGACGGAAUCUGUUUACAUUCCUGGACAACCACGAAAUGUGCCUGUGAACUGACUACGUUUGAUGGACACAGAUGUAUGAAAGUUGGAACUACAUUCAAAUUCGGCUCCAUCAAUGAAGAUUUAUCUGCAUACGUCAGCUUACCUGGUGUGAACAAGAUGGUGAACAGUGAAGAUGAUGUAGGAUACCUACGUAUAAUGUAUAAAGAUCGUGUCAGAAAUACAAGACAAGAUGAAUUUAUUCUUGGCAUUCAAACAUUCCCUACGGAAGACGGUGUAGAAACGGAACAAAAUCGUUCAUCUACCAUAUCAACCUUAUUGUUUAUUACAAGUUCAAAUCAAAUAGGUGAUUUCAUUCAUUUAUUUCUGGAAUCAGGUGUAGUACAUUUGAACUACGACAUGGGAGGAGGUUUCGUUCAUGUUAGUGGACCUAAUUUCCCUAUUGAUGAUGGAUUCUAUCAUCGAAUACGAGGUUAUCGUGUGGAUUAUCAAAUUAUCCUUGAGGUGGACAGCACGCGUCAUACAUAUGAAUUGAACACCGCCUAUGGAAAACUUUUUAACAAUCAGAAGGUAAUCUGGCUUGGACAUGCACCAAAGUUGAAUAAAACUGACGUCUUCCGUGGUUAUAUGACAGGUGUCUAUUAUAAUGGUCUACUUUUAAAUGAUUUGGCUGCAGGCUUGUCGUAUUUAUCAUUUAUCCAAGUGACACGUUAUGGAAAUGUGAAAUAUGUGCCAAAGUUUCAACCACGUAUGACUAAGUUAUAUUUAGUCGAAGAUUCAUUAUCUAUGGAUUCAAAUCAAUCUGAUGUUCAUGGUUUUACAAAUGUACCUGCUGAUAGUGCAAUGAACUAUUUGGAAAAUAAUGAGCACAACACCGAUAUUACUACAGAAAGCAGUCUACAAAAGUCACCGACACUCUAUCCUAUCACAGAUUCUCCCUAUUUAUUAUCAUCCUUAUAUAACAAUAUGGUUACAAAUAAAUUUACUACAUCAAAUGAAAUAAUUUCUAAUGGAAGUCAACUUAGCAGUAAUAAGUGGAAAUUUUAUACUAAGCUGAAUACUAUACAUGGACAAGUAAACAUAUGGCUGUUAGUCAGCCUAGCUGGUGCUGGAGUAGUUAUGAUUAUCUCUUUGACACUUUUAGCUUACAAAUGUCAUCGUAAUAGACAUGCAAAUUCACAUAGUAUACCGUCGAACGAAAUGAAAUUCAGUAAAAACUAUCAAAAUUAUAUUUCCCACAGUGUCAUUAGUAAAAGUCGCAAUUCAGUCGGCUCUCUAUUGAGUAUGGAUGAUAUUCCCUGUGCUGUUAAACCGAAACGUCCAACUCAAUGCUCUGAACAGUCUUCAUCUCUUUCAGAUUGUUUACCUAAGCAGCCAAUAUGCAGCCAAGUAUCAAUUAUUAAAAAUAAUCAUGUUAUUUCAACCCAUGUACCAACAUCGUUUAUUUUUGUUACUGAUUCUAUAAAUUUACCAAUGACCAGCUUAACAGGUAGAACUGGAGGAUGUUUACUACCGGGGAAUUUUUUACCAAUAACCCAUGAUUAUAGUAUAAAUAUUAAUCCAAAUGUAGUACAGGAUACUGAACAUUUCGCCACGUCUAUUAGUGACAGUGAAUUCAUUGGUGAUCAACGAAGUGAAUUAUCAGAUGUUCAAAAUGAUUGUUUCAUUAAAGCAAAUAUUAUGCCCUUGCCUAAUGAUAUAUGGGAUGAGAAACAACUUAAUAAAGUUUCAUCACUUGAAUCUACAUGUACAAAGUCUAAUUUUGAUACAAAUUAAUUCUUCCUUUUGUAAUCAAACCAAAAGAAAAUACAUAAUUGUCAGCACCAUUUUAAAAGCCAGUGUCAUUCAUAUGAAAUUUAGUUAUUCUCACCAUGUGAAAUCAGUUUUGGAAUAGGAUUCGAGUCGCCAUUAAUAUGGACUGAAAUAUUGUGUGAACAAACGACAAGUUCUCCAAAGGUUUAUCGGAAAAUGAAAAUAAACUAAAAAAAUUAUCAUAUUAAAGGCCCAUGAAACGGAAGUCACUGACAGUAAUAAGUGUUUGAAUGACAGUGUCAAAGUGUACAAUGGAAAUACAUUCCUGAAUGUUCGAAUUUAAUU